AUCAAUUCUCACAGUCGAACUCAACGAAAUUCACAAGGAUUUUACAUCUUUACACAAUCUUUAGCUGUCAGUCAGUUCUCAGUCUCAGUGCAAUAGUCGCAUUGCAGUAGGAUUUGCAGUACAGCACUCCAGACACUCUCAAGCUCCGAGAUGGCCACGAUGACCGCAAUCAGUUGCAGUGCCUUGUCAGCCAAUGCUGCAGCACUCGGUUCCAGUCGCAAAGUCGGUACUCUGCUUGGCGCCACCGGCUUGCCUCAGCUGAGCUUGAGGCGCAACCUCCGUUCCACUCCUCUGUUCGUCGUGCGUGCCUCCAAGCAGCAGCAGCAGAAGAACCAAGAUGUUCCACUGCCUGGAACGAAGGUGGAAAUCACGGAGGAGCAGGUUAAGAAGAACGAGCAGGAAGAGCCUCUGAGAGUCUUCGACAACACGGCGGCGGGCAAGUUUGCCCGUCCCGAAAGCGAACGAAGGCCGGAGUUGGGCAACACCACUGCCGCCAGUGUCAUGAAGUUCGACGGACCUGCACCAGAGACCAUCAACGGCAGAUUGGCCAUGCUCGGAAUCACCUGGGCCUUCGCCGCCGAAAUCAUGUCCGGCCAGAGCGUCGUGCAGCAGGUUGUGAACGGGACUGGACUGCUGUGGUUCUUGGCAGUGGCUCCUCUCUUUAUCUGGGCGUCGCUUGUGCCGAUGUUUGGAUGGAACGAGUCCCCGGACAGCAGGGUGUUCGGACCUUUCAAUGCCAAGGCUGAGCGUUGGAAUGGCAGAGCUGCAAUGAUUGGAUUCCUCUCCUUGAUAGUGACAGAGCAACUGCUUGUCCACGGACCCCUUUUCGGAUUCCUCCACCAUUAAAUUUGUCGACAUUUCCGACAUCGCCAAUCUCCAAUAUCAAUACCAUGGCAAGUGGUUUUGACUUGCUAGGUAAUUGAUGGAGGGCUCUUUUCUUUUCUAUCUCUCGACGCGUCUGUACAGAUUAGGGAGAUGAAAACCUCCGCAGCCAAUAUUGGCUCUGCUCGUAAUGACAGAGGAAGGUACUCUGUUUGAGCUUGUAUUCUACGAAUCAGUGUUGUUUCAAGGCCAAAUUGUACCAUAUGGACUCGCAAUGCACAAUAAAGGAAUAAUUGUUUUGCC